AUGAUCAUUGUGUGGGUCGUCUAUGUGGUGCUGCUGCAUCUCACUUUCGUCUGUUACACAGUAAUACGAGUUGUUGUUAUUCUUACCGCUACCAGCUGUGACUCCAGUCGUCUCUGCUUUUGUGUAGGAACAAGAAUGGCACACUCACAAUCAGUUUCGCCUUUACGUUCCCAUUUAACUAUCGGACCCCAUUCGCAGUCCUUGCGAGGACCUUCACGAACACCUCAGGGACAUGCACAUACUUACAGCGUUAGGGAGAAAUCUGUGGGAGAGAUCCUCCAUUAUGAAGCAGAUUCAUACGCUCGUCUGCUCCAAAUGAAUCAAUGCUAUGAAGCCAUGCCAACGUCAAGCAAAAUGGUAGUAUUUGAUACCGAAUUGGUGUUAUGGAAAGCUUUCAACGGCCUUGUUUAUCAAAAUACUCGACAUGUACUGUUAUCAAAUGGCGAACAAGGAGGAUUAAUUACGGGAAUUCUUUCAGUUACUGAUUUUAUACGGGUUAUGCUCCGGCUACAUAGGGAGCGAGGAAAUUCUGAUGCCUUAGCUGAUGAAAAGGAAGAUAUAGGAAAGCUGACGAUCCAGAAAUACAGAGAAUUAGUUCAAAAAGAAGGAAAGCUCAAAGAAUUAGUGUAUAUCAAUGCAAAUAGCAGCUUACUCGAAGCAGCUCGAUUACUUGCCCAACAUCGUAUCCAUCGUUUACCCGUCCUCGAUCCUGAGUCUGGUAGCCCUCUAUUCAUACUCACUCACAAACGACUACUCAAAUUUCUGUGGUGCUUUGGUCAACAGUAUUCUCAGCCAGACUUCCAUAUCCGAACUGCAAGAGAUCUGAAUGUUGGCUCCUGGGUUGGAAUACGUGUAGUGUUUCCGGAUACUCCUUUAACAGACUGCUUGGAUAUUCUUUUAAACAAAGGUGUGUCGGGUGUACCUGUCGUCGAACGAGAUACUUUCAAGGUUGUUGAUAUGUAUUCCCGCUUCGACGCAGUUGGUAUCGCUCUAGAAGAGGACGCUGAAAGCUUAGAUGUCACAGUUGUGCAAGCUUUAAAAUUCAAAAACAUAGGCAGGGAUUCUCAGAGUGAGAAGGAUCGCGUGGUCUCUGUUCGGGACACGGAUACUCUCUGGAAGGCCAUCACAGUACUCGUGGAACGAAAUGUACAUCGUUUAUGUGCUGUCAAUGAGAAAGGUGCUAUUGAGGGGAUUAUUUCAUUAUCUGACGUCAUCAAUCAUAUGGUGGUAAAGCCUGGAGCAAAUUUAAAGCCCAUACGUGCACCACCAAGGCAUCACUCUUAUCACACAGUCGAACAAAACGAAAAGGAAUUGCGCCAUCGACUGCAGGACAGCGCAAUGCUACUAGAAGAUACUGCAACGGGAAAGCUGCAGAAAGAUUUUAAUAAUAUGACUAUUCGCUAA